CUCUCUCUCUCUCUCUCUCUCUCUCUCUCUCUCUUCCUCUCUUCCUCCUUCCUUCCUUCCUUCCCGGCACCCACGCGGGCUCUCUUCCUCUUCCUCUUCCGGCCUGGCCCCUCCCAGACUGGCGCCGCUCGGUCCCACUCCCACCCUCUCGCCAUGGACUGCAACUGUGUCUCCGACCUGCUCCUCACCUCUUCUGUCCCUGCGCUUUGGACCCCAGGGUUCGCCUUCCCCGACUGGGCCUACAAGCCGGAGUCGAGCCCCGGCUCGCGGCAGAUCCAGCUGUGGCACUUCAUCCUGGAGCUGCUCCAGAAGGAGGAGUACCAGAACGUCAUCGCCUGGCAGGGAGACUACGGGGAGUUCGUCAUCAAGGACCCCGACGAGGUGGCCCGGCUCUGGGGCAUCCGCAAGUGCAAGCCCCACAUGAACUACGACAAGCUCAGCCGGGCACUCAGGUACUACUACAACAAGCGCAUCCUGCACAAGACCAAGGGCAAGCGCUUCACCUACAAGUUCAACUUCAGCAAAGUGGUGCUGGUCAACUACCCGCUGCUGGACAUGGCGGCCAGCUCCCCCUUCCUGCUGGCCCAGAACCCCUUCGGAGGGGGCGGGGGAGGAGGAGGAGGAGGAGGCGGGGGCCACGGGGCCGAGUGCCCCCCACUCACCCCAGAGGCCCUGCAGAGCCUCUUCUCUGGCCCCCGCCUGGGGGACCCGUCCUCUGCCCGCGGCCCCCUCUUUGACCGCCAGACGGAGACGGAGAAGCUUCGCCUGGAGGCCGCCUUCCCCUUCCUGGGGUCAGGUGUGUCGGGGGGGUUCUCGAAGCCCCCCGGGGGCGGCCUGCUGACCCCCUACGGCGCUGGCGGAGGCGUGGCGGCGGCGGUGUCCGGCGGGGGUGUCCGGGGCGGGGGCUCGCCCUUUGCGGACUUCCCGUGGGGCUUCAACCCGUACCUGUCGGGGGCCUUCCCCCUGGGGGGCUCCAAGCUGCCGGCCUCCCUCUACGCGCCCCACUUCUACCCCAACCCGCUGGCGGGGUCCCUGGCGCCCCCGCUGCCCUCCUCGGUGGGGCCCGUGACCCUGCUGCCGGCCGAGGGGGGGCCCGGGGCCCUGGGGUGCGGGGCGCCCCUCCCCCGCCUCUGCCUGGCCCCCCACGCCCGCCCCUCCCCCCGCGCGGAGAAGGAGGCCCCCCCGGGGGGGCGCCCGCAGAGCCCGGGGCCCGGGGCCCGAGAGGAGGAAGACCCCGACUCGGAGCUGGAGAUCACCGACCUCAGCGAGUGCAGCUCCGACAACGACGACCGGGACGACUUCAGCCCGGGGAGCCCGAGGGGGGCGGCCGGAGGGGGCCCCCCAAAAGGGGAGAAGGGCAAGGGGGCGAAGGGCAGCUAAGGGCCAGCGGUCAGCGGAGGGCAAAGUACAGCCCCCCCCCUCGUCCUCCUCCUCUUCCCCCCCCUCUUUGUUCGUUCGAUGUCUCUAUUUUUAUAGGAAGAUUUUUAUUGAUAUCCCCUCAAUCUCCCCCCCCCCCCAUCUCAAUCCCCCCCCCCAUCUAUUUCUCCCCCUCCGCACCCCCUUCCUCGCUUUGGGGGGGUUUGUUGACUGGCCCCCACCUUUGAAAAUAGACCCAAACACACACAGAUAUAUACGGGGAGGGGUCUUCGAGGUGGUCCUUCACAGGAAUGGGUUUGGGAAGGAAAAGGAGAAAGAAGGAAGGAAAGAAGGAAGGAAGGAAAAAGUAGGAAGAAAAAAGAGAGAAAAAGAAGGAAGGAAAGAGAAAAGAAAAGAAGGAAGUUUGGCUGAUUGCCUUCUCUGGAAGGAGAGGAAGAGAGAGAGAGAGGAAGGACGGAAGGAAGGAAGGAAGGAAGGAAGGAAGGAAGGAAGGAAGGAAGGAAGGAAGGAAGGAAGGAAGGAAGAAGUAGGAAGAAAAAAGAAAGAGAAAAAGAAGGAAAGAAAAAAAAGAAGGAAGUUUGGCUGAUUGCCUUCUGCCAAAGAGAGCGAGAAACAAAGUAGGUAGGAAGGAAGGAAGGAAGGAAGGAAGGAAGGAAGGAAGGAAGGAAGGAAGGAAGGAAGGAAGGAAGGAAGGAAGGAAGGAGAGACAUAGAGACAAAAAAGAAAGAGAAAUGAAAAAAGGAAGAAAGAAUGGAAAGAAGAAAGGAGAAAUAAAAGAAAUGGAAGGAAGGAAGUUUGGCUAAUUGCCUUCUGUCAAAAGAGAAAGAAACAGGAAGGAAGGAAGGAAGGAAGGAAGGAAGGAAGGAAGGAAGGAAGGAAGGAAGGAAGGAAGGAAGGAAGGAAGGAAGGAAGGAGAGAUAGGAACAAAAAAAGAAAGAGAAAAGGAAGGAAGAAGGAAAGGAAGGAAGGCAGGAAAGAAGGACAGAGAAACACGAAAGAGGAAGGAAGGAAGGAAAGAGGCAGAAACCAAAAGAAAGAGAAAGAAAAGGAAGGAAGGAAGGAAAGGAA